AUGUGCAACAUGAUGUCUCUUGAUCUUAAGAAGACAUUAUAUGAAGUUCAUCCCAGCUUUGUUGAAUUGGAAAGAAUCAAAUCCAUGAGUAUAAGUGAUAGCACACUUGAUAGGCUUGCAGGAAAAGUUCAUGCACUAAAUCAAGAAAAGAAACAGAGGCUCCGGAAGCUACAAGAUCAUGGAAGCACACUCAUUGAGUUAUGGAGUCUAAUAGACACACCAUUAGAUGAACAGAAAUGCUUUGAUCAUGUUACUUCUUUGAUUUCAGUCUCACAAAAUACAGCGAUGCCCCAAGGAUGCCUUGCACAUGACCUUAUUAAGAAGCACCAGAGACCAUUUGAUUGA